AUGAAUGCGUUUUUCGAUGGUUAUGUUCAUGCUAAGACAAACUUGAAAGAGUUUGUCGAUCAGUUUGAUAGUGCGUUGAAAAAAAAAUUGAGAGAAAGUUCAGAUGUAACUUACUGCCAUUAUCGAUUGGAUCCAGAGUUACUUAAGAGUGAUGGUGCAGUAAAGACCUAUCUGAUAGAGGACGAAGUUCGGGUUGAAGAGUUCAAUAAGUUGGUUACGUUUUAUGUGGACUUUAAUGAGGAAGAUGAAGAUGCUAAGUGUUCGUGUGGUUUAUUCCAGAUGAGGGGUAUAUUGUGUAUGCACAUUUUCGCUGUAUUUAAAUGUAACGGGAUAAAAUCUCUGCCAGAGAAGUACAUUUUAGACCAAUGGAGGAAGGACAUCAAGAGGAGAUACACAUUAAUCGAUAGUAGCUUUGAUGGAGGGGAUCAGCGGCCAGAUGCUUGCAAAUAUGCAAGUCUAUUAAAAAUCUGUUAUCAAAUGAUUACUAAUGCAACGGGUUCGAAAAAACAUACUGAGGAUGCCACACAUAAGUUACAUGCAAUGAUUGAAUUAUAUACUGAGAAUCAAGAACCCCCAUCGAUGACCCUCACUGGUUCCAAUGUUGGUUGUACUCAAAAUGACACACCCACAGUGGGUAGCUCAAAACAAGUACUCAGUCCAUUAGUUGUCAGAGGGAAAUACAGACCCCCAUCUCUGAGGAGAGCAUCCAGAAUGGAGAAAGACAUGCGAAAAGUUAAAGGAAAGACAAAGAAAGCAGUAAUAAACCGGAAACGGAAACAUAGAGAUGGAGGAGAUACACCAGUGCAGGACACGUGCAGGAAUUUAUUUGGCCUAUCAGAGAUAGAUAUUUCUAAUGUUAGUUACGUGCAAUUAUAUUAUUUUUGGUAUAUUUAUAUUUGAAUUGUUAUAUAUAUGUAUUGAUUUUUUUUUUAUUUAUCACUAGCUUGUCCAAGACAAAUCAGAUAAAGUCAUUGGUGGAACCCAGCUCGGAGAAACAGUGGUUGGGAGUCAAG